AUGGCACCAAAACACUGCCUUUGCCAUUCCAAACUUGGAGUCAGCCAAGGUAUAAGCAGGCACAUUAAUGAGCGUCUUGUACAAUAUUUGAUGUUUAUGCGAAAGUAAUGAAAUUCUCUCAGUAGAAAAAUGAGCCUUUGAACGAGCAAAAUGUAUGUAUACUUCCUACUCAUUUCCUUCAUGUUCCAUCUUCAUUUAUUCGAUUGCGUUUAAUAGAAGACAUAUGAAGAUAUGUAUAAAAAGAAGAAACCAUUUUUUUUUUUCUCAAAUUAUUCGCCAUAUUUGAAUGCAUCAAAGCGAAUGCACCAUACACGACGCUCGUUCUUCGUAAAUUUUAUUUUAAAUCUUGAAGCAAGUUUUUUUUUAUUUGUAAUUUUUGUAAUCUCAUAGACGUACUUUAAUAUCUUGCAGAUAUGGUUGUCGGACGACAAUGUGGAGCAAAUGCCGGUUAGUAUAAAAAUUUUAAUUUCUAUUUUCAUUUUCUGCCAUUUGCAUUUUCAUUUUUAUCCAUGGAAAAUUUAUUUUAAUUAUUAGAUGUGGUGUCCUCCUACUCCUCCUACAACAGAUAACGAUGUUUAUAUCGAUUAUUCUUUGGGUUUUCUCUACGAAAAUACUCCUAUGUCAGAGGCACAAUUACCUCCGAUAUAUAUUAAAAAAGAACACAAAAGAAGUAGGAUCGAAGCUGGAAUUAAUGACCGAGAUGUCCGACCGUCAAUUCCACUGCCGGGUAUAAAGCCGUCGCAUAUGUCAAAAUCUUCCACAGACCAAGAACACGUUUUAGAUUGGAUGAUACAUGAAGAUUGGGCCCUUCUCCAAGCGAUUCAAAUUUAUCAAGGAUUGCCAUUAAAUUUGAUGAUUCUAUCUCCUGGUCAUACUCCUAAUUGGGAUCUGGUUGCGGAUAUAGUUAAUAAUACUUCACGAAUAUAUAGAUCUCCUAAACAAUGUAGAAGUAGAUACGAAUCGGUAAUAGUACCAAGAGAAGAAGGAAAGUUACUUUACGAUACCACGCCGAAAAAGCAAAAGAAACAAAAGGGCGUUUACAAAAUGCCUCAGGUUUCCGAGCAACAAAGUAAAACAAACAGGCCAAUGAAAACGUCUCAAUUAUAUAAUCAGGAUAAAAAUCAUUCGUUUACAUUAAUGUGCUGUCAGAGAUUUGAUACUAUUAAAUCUGUUUCGAAUAAGAGAACGCCUACUGUCAAACCGUUACUCGUUAAUCCGUUAAUGAAAAAUCCUACCAAUGCUGCAGUUUUAGCUGAAUGUGGUAUUCAAUAUGAUAACCCAUUAGCUCCUAUAGAAGUUGCAACGCGACGCGCCGAUAGGAUUGCAAAAGAAAAGCUUAAACAUGCAGUUUUAUCAGCGGAGCAACAACAACAAGUAGCAGCUCGUCUAUUACAGCAACAGCAGCAGCAGCAACAAGUUCAACAACAGCAGCAGCAAAUAAAAUUGCAACAGCAACAGCAAGCUCAACAAAAUACCACAAGUCCUCAAGUGCAUCAACUAACGCAAGUUGCGACCACUGUCACAACAGGGCUAACUACAAUGAAGACUAUUACCACAAUUACUAAUGUUACUACAGGUGGUACGACAAUUGCUACAUCAACGGUUAAAGCCCGAUCAGGAGGAACGUUAAGUAUGCAGGAUGCACGGACGACACCAACUGUUGUUAGUGUUGGUAAUCUUCAAGCAGCUCAAAGAAUUGCAACAGCAAGUUUAGUGUCUGCUGCGCAAAGUUCACCUGCAGUUACGCAGAAAGGUAUUGGAGUUACCGUAGCGACGACUGCGGGUAACAAAACCUUAACUGCGGCCCAAUUGCAAUAUUAUCGGCAACAGCAAGUUCUAUUGCGACAGCAACAAUUGAAAGUACUGCAAGCACAAGCUGCUGCAAAUGGUCAAAAGGUAUCAGUAGCUGUUUCAGCUGCUGCUGCGCAACAAAGGGCUACAUUGAUGAAGCAGAAUAUAACUGCUGGCACUGCUGCACAAGCGUCCGUUGGAAAGCAAACGAUAGCACGUACAGUAUCAGAGACAGAAAUGGCUGCUUUAAUAAAACGCCAAGCUUUGCAACAACAGGCAAAAGCGGUGGCUCAGGUACAAGUACCUGCACAGGCUGGACUUACUCCGGCUCAAAUAUUCGCUCAGGCAGGUUUGCAAGUGCAACAUGCGGGAACGUCAGCCGGUGGAACUCCAGUUGCUACUUUAGUAAAAACUGCAAACGUUGCCAGUGUACGAACAGCAACACCUCAACAAAUCCGUCAGCUCGCUCUUCACCCUCAAAUUAUUACCCAAAGAAAAUUGCCGGCGCAAAAAGUUGCACAACUAACACAAGUUGCUGCGAAAACUGGUGUUCAGACUCAAUUGAUUGUGCAACAGAAAUCAUUGCCUGCGACGAUGACCGUGCAGCAGAUUCAACAAGUUAUGAAACACGUUCAACCAUCAGCUAUGCAACAGUUUACUCAUGUUUCUACAGGACAGGCGGUUUCUCAGCCUGGCCAAGUAGUUUUAGCAAAAUCUCCGUUACAAACGAGAGUAAUUCCGGUCGCGUCCGCUGCUUUGAAACAGACGAUCCAAGUUAUGACUGCAAGUAGUGCUCAAUUACGCCAAGCUGCACCUGCUCAAGGUAAACCUGUUGUUACGGCUACAAGAGGUAGUCCCGGACCUAGUCAAGUCAAAUUACAAACUCUUGCACAUCCCAUUCAUCCUCAGCAAGUACAACAGCAACAGCAACAACAGCAAUCACAAACUCAACCAGAUACUCAACCGAAGUGAAUACGUUUUAUUAUAUGAAACAUUUAAAUUUAUUAUGUGUUACAAAUUUUUCUACUUCAAAUCAAAAUAGAAGUUUCAGUUGAGAAACUAAUUUAUUAAUAAAUGAAUGAUAACAUUCCAAAAGGCAACAUUGCAAAUAUUUAGCCUUCAUCCGCCUCUCAUUUUUCGAACCUAAUUUGUCCUCUGGUGUCAAAUUAUUAUUAUUAUUAUUAAUUGACAUAAUGAUUAAUAUCUGCAAUGAAAAAAUAAAUAGCUAAAUUUGAAAAUUCUUUUAUUGCUAAUAAAUAGUGAAAACAGAUGUUGUUUGCAGUUUUUAUCGCACGUUAUCAAGAAUGUAUAUACCUAUAUAACGUUUAAUAAUAUUUAUAAGAUAUUUUAUAAGAAAAAUGUGUUAAAUUGACACAAGAGACGGAUGAAGACUAUAAUUAAUUUGAUGUUGUAACUGUUUUUUCGGUUUAGGCAAUACACAAUUGAAAUGUUCGUAUAAAAAAUAAUAUCUUUAUGUUUAUAUCAUUAGAUUUCUUUUUUUUUUUUUUGUCUAAUUUUAUCUAAAAAAUAAAAGAAAUUAUACAGAAAGCUACCAAUCCUCAAUGAUUUGAAAUUAAAUUUCAUUUGAGGAUUUUAAUUUGAAAAAAAGAAAUGAGUUUUAUUUCUGUUGAUUAUAUUUUAUUUCUUGUUGGUUUUUUUUUUUUUUAAAUAAAUAGAAUGGAACGAUGA